GACGACUCCACCGCAGCCAAUGCGCCGCUACUCGCAGACCCCAGCGAUGGCCAGGACACACGGACGCGCAGAACGCGAAGCACUCAAACCAAGAUAACCCUACGAACAGCCGGCAAGACCGUCUGGCUUCUGACUUGCACGGCGGGCAUAUCUGGUCUGCUCUUCGGGUACGAUACGGGAGUCAUCUCCUCCACUCUCGUCUCCAUUCGUUCCGAUUUGUCUGGACGUGCGCUCACCACCGCCGACAAGAGUCUGGUCACUGCUGCGACGUCGCUCUUUGCUCUCUUAUCCGCCCCUACGACUGGCAUCUUUGCUGACAAAUAUGGCCGGCGCUCGGUGAUUGUUAUCGCAUCUACUUUAUUCAUCAUCGGUGCUUUGGUACAGGCUGUGGCGACCUAUGUGUGGAUUAUGGUUGUCGGGCGCGCGGUCGUGGGUGCUGCAAUAGGACUUGCGUCUGCGGCUACGCCUUUGUAUAUUACGGAGCUCUCACCGGCCGAGUUGAGAGGAAGGCUGGUGACGAUCCAAAGUUUGUUUAUUACCGGCGCUCAAGUGAUCGCAUAUCUUGCCGGCUGGGGUUUGGCUUCUGUUCCGGCUGGAUGGAGGUGGAUGGUCGGACUGGGUGCCGCUCCCGCCAUUGCGCAGCUCUUCUUGUUGGGCCUUUUGUACGAGACGCCGAGAUGGUUGGUGAAGAACGGCAGAACGGAGAGAGCACGAACCGUGCUGCACAAAGUGUAUGGCGGUCUAACGGAGCAGGAAGGUCGAGAAGCCGCGGUCGAGAACGUCCUCGUAGACAUCCAGGACGAAAUCGCAACCGAAGCCAAGCUAGGCCUGGACGAUUCAAGCACAACAACCCUACAAACCACCUUCAAAUCUCUUACCACGCGACCCCCUCAUCGCCGCGCUCUGACAAUCGCCUGCAUGCUCCACGCCCUCCAACAACUCUGUGGCUUCAACAGCCUAAUGUACUUCUCCGCCACCAUUUUCGCGCUCGUCGGCUUCGUCUACCCCAUCGGCACCUCUCUAACCGUCGCGGGCACGAACUUCCUCUUCACCAUCGCCGCAUUCGCCUUCAUCGAUACCGUCGGGCGGAGGAAUAUGCUCCUUUUUAGCAUUCCUUUCAUGGUCAUCGGCCUGGGCGUGUGCAGUUUCAGCUUCAGCUUCAUGGAUGUUUGGAGAGGAAGCUCAAUCCCAGCACCAGGCGUCAACGCAGCCGAUUCAACCCCAUGGUCCGGCGUCCUCAUUGCCGCAAUGAUGCUCUACGUCGCCGCCUACGCCACCGGCCUCGGCUGCGUCCCAUGGCAGCAAAGCGAGCUAUUCCCCCUUCAAGUGCGAUCACUGGGUUCAGGGAUUGCGACUGCGGCGAACUGGUCGUCGAACUUUAUUAUUGGAGUAUCGUUCUUGCCUCUUAUGGAGUGGCUUGGGGCGACGGUGACUUUUGCGCUGUAUGCGGCUAUUUGUGCUGUUGGUUGGGGCGUGGUGUGGAUGAUUUAUCCCGAGACGGCGGGAUUGGAGCUCGAAGGUGCGAGGGAAUUGUUGGAGGAUGGGUUUGGGGUGAAGAAGAGUGUUGAACGAUUCAAGGCGGGGAAGAAACGG